ACUGAUACGAAGAAGAUAUCUGCCGUCUCUAUAUUUUUUGAGACCAUGCCAUACAGACUGAAUGAGAGCACUGGCUACAUUGACUAUGACCAGCUUGAGAAAAGUGCCACACUCUUUAGGCCAAAGUUAAUUGUCGCUGGUGCUAGUGCUUAUGCACGUCUUUAUGACUAUGCACGUAUCCGAAAGGUUUGUGACAAACAGAAGGCUAUCAUGUUGGCAGAUAUGGCUCAUAUUAGUGGGUUAGUUGCAGCUGGAGUCAUCCCAUCACCAUUUGAUUAUGCAGAUGUUGUGACUACCACAACCCACAAAUCCCUUCGCGGGCCUCGUGGUGCCAUGAUUUUCUUCCGGAAGGGUGUGAAGGAGGUUAAUAAGCAAGGAAAGGAGGUGUUGUACGACUAUGAAGAUAAAAUUAACCAGGCAGUCUUCCCUGGACUUCAAGGUGGUCCUCACAAUCAUACAAUUACUGGCUUGGCAGUUGCUUUGAAACAGGCAAUGACUCCAGAAUACAAAGCUUACCAAGAGCAAUGCCUUAGCAACUGCUCAAAAUUUGCCCAGGCUUUAGCGGGAAUGGGUUAUGAACUUGUUUCUGGUGGAACAGAGAAUCACUUGGUCUUGGUGAACUUGAAAAACAAGGGUAUUGAUGGUUCUAGGGUUGAAAAAGUUUUGGAAGCGGUACAUAUUGCAGCCAAUAAGAACACUGUUCCUGGAGAUGUAUCUGCCAUGGUCCCUGGUGGCAUCAGAAUGGGGACUCCUGCACUCACAUCAAGGGGAUUUAUUGAGGAAGAUUUUGUGAAAGUUGCUGAAUUCUUUGAUGCUGCUGUGAAGAUAGCAGUGAAAAUAAAGGGUGAAGCUCAAGGAACAAAGUUGAAAGACUUUGUGACAACACUACAGUCUAGUGCUUCCAUCCAGUCGGAGAUUGCAAAACUCCGCCAUGGUGUGGAGGAGUAUGCAAAGCAGUUCCCUACAAUUGGGUUUGAGAAGGAAACCAUGAAGUACAAAAACUGAGAGCUCGACUGAGUAUAUACACAAAGGGCAAAUAUCCAACUUGUUGAAGGUGUAUGGGAUAGGCUUUCAAACUGCAGUUUGCUCUCAAGGAUAGGAUUUUCAUCUUAUAAUAAUAUGUAAAAUCCAGCAGUACUUGUUUCCAGACUUUGCACUUUGUAUAUUAACGAUUGUAAAUCAACUGAGGUCCUUGAAAGCAAUAAACUCCUCUUAUCUCAGUACUUCAA